CUAAUAAUAUCCUGGAAAGGCCCUCAAUCCAAAUAUGGAUGGUGCUCAUGAGAGUCGUAAUCCAAAGAAAUAAAUCCAAAUCGAAUCGGGGCGGGUCAAUUUUCAGGUCGACGAGGCACCGGCGACAGAAGCUUCCAGCCCAGUGGAAGAAGAAACCGUUGGUUUUCAGCCCUUAAUUCAAACGUGCCACACAGAGUCUCCCAAAACAUGGACAUGGAUAUCGACGAAACAGCCAAAGGGGAAGAAAAGCAAGGAAAGCCCGUCGUAGUAAUAUUGGUGGGUGCGCCCGGAAGCGGAAAGUCCACCUUCUGUGAGCAUGUCAUGCGCUCCUCCUCCGCUCGCCCCUGGGUUCGCGUUUGCCAGGAUACUAUAAAAAAUGGUAAAGCGGGAACGAAAGCGCAGUGUAUUGAGAGUGCAAUGAAUGCAUUGAAGGAUGGGAAGAGUGUUUUUAUAGAUAGGUGUAAUCUGGAGAAAGAACAAAGGGAUGAGUUUGUGAAGCUUGGUGGUAGUACCCAGGUUGAUGUUCAUGCUGUGGUGCUUGAUCUUCCUGCCAAGCUUUGUAUAUCGCGGUCUGUGAAGAGAACAGGCCACGAGGGAAACUUGCAAGGUGGGAGAGCUGCUGCGGUUGUGAAUAGAAUGCUGCAGAAGAAAGAACUGCCUAAACUGAGUGAAGGGUUUGCUAGAAUCACUUGUUGCCAGAGUGAGAGUGAUGUUCAAUCUGCCGUUGAUGCAUAUAGUGGACUUGGUCCGUUGGAUACACUUCCAAGUGGUUAUUUUGGCCAGAAGAACACCGGUGCGAAAGUACAACUAGGUAUAAUGAGGUUUUUAAAGAAAACAGAUGGUCCUGCUAAUACUGAAUCCACUUCGAAGAGUGUACCAGAUUCGAAUGCUUCUCAAAUUACUGAAGAAAAGGAAACCUCUUCAAAGGGAACAGGUUCAUUGUCUGAAAAUUCUCGUAAGGAGUCAAAGGAAGGUGCAGAGCUAUUUGUAGGCUCUGUUGGCGGUGAUGUUUCUCUAAACGAUUCCCCCACUCUCGCAUUUCCCUCCAUAUCGACAGCAGAUUUUCAAUUUGACAUUGAGAAGGCGUCUGAUAUUAUUGUCGAAAAAGUUAUAGAAUUUGUGAAUAAGCUUGGAAAUGCUAGACUUGUUUUAGUGGACUUGAGUCAUAAAUCAAAGAUUUUGUCUUUGGUAAGGGCUAAAGCUUCAGAGAAAAACAUUGACUCCAACAAGUUCUUCACAUUUGUGGGAGAUAUCACUAAGCUUCAUUCAGGAGGAGGUUUACACUGCAAUGUAAUAGCUAAUGCUGCUAAUUGGCGUCUUAAACCUGGAGGUGGAGGUGUCAAUGCUGCAAUCUUCAAUGCUGGAGGUCCAUCUUUGGAGGUUGCAACCAAAGAACAAGCCCAAUCUCUGUAUCCUGGGAGUGCCGUGGUUGUGCCUGUCCCUGCAACUUCUCCCUUGUUUAGUAGGGAAGGGGUAACCCAUGUGAUACAUGUUGUUGGACCCAACAUGAACCCACACAGACCAAAUUGUCUGAACAAUGACUAUAGUAAAGGCUGCAAAGUUCUCCGGGAGGCUUACACUUCACUUUUCGAAGGUUUCGCAACAAUUGUGAGGACCCAAGCAAAGUCACCCAAGGGAAGCAUUGAGAACUUGCAGGCAAAGCUGCCAGAGUCACAAGAAUAUUCUGACAGUGCCUCUAGAAAUCAUUUUACAAACAGCAAUCAAAAGACUAAGAGAGAGGAUCCUCAUAAAUAUGAGAGGAGCAAAAGAAGUAAAGCAUAUCAGGAUGAUACUGAAGAUUCUAACACUGGUAAACCAGACCUGAGCAACAAGUCCAGUGGAAGCAGGACUAAAUCCUGGGGGUCAUGGGCUCAGGCUCUCUACAACACUGCUAUGCACCCAGAGAAGCACAAGGAUGCAGUACUAGAGAUAUCAGAUGAUGUCGUUGUGCUGAAUGAUCUUUAUCCAAAGGCAAAAAGGCAUGUUUUGGUGGUGGCACAAUGUGAAGGUCUUGAUCGACUGUCAGAUGUUCAUAAAGAACACCUUCCAUUGUUAAGGACAAUGCAUGAAGUUGGUCUGAAGUGGGUUGAGAAAUUCUUGCAUGAUGAUUCGUCUUUGGUCUUCCGUCUUGGAUAUCACUUGGAUCCCUCAAUGCGACAGCUGCAUCUGCAUGUUAUCAGCCAGGAUUUUGAUUCAACACACUUGAAGAAUAAGAAACAUUGGAACUCCUUCAAUACUGCUUUCUUUCGAGACUCCGUGGAUGUGGUAGAGGAAGUUAGUAGUGAUGGAAAAGCAAAGCUAAAAGAUGACGAUAGCCUAUUGUCUAUGGAGUUGCGAUGCCACCGAUGUAGAAGCGCUCACCCCAACAUACCCCGAUUAAAAUCUCACAUUACUAACUGUCGAGCCACCUUUCCAAGCACCCUGCUCCAAAAUGGUCGUCUUAUUCACGCACCAAGCAAUGUCAGCAUUGGUCCGUAGGUGACAAUCCAUCGCAUCUCAUCGAAAUUUAGCUGUAUAUAAACAAAUGCUUUUUGGUGGCUUAAACGUUAUUGCAUUGAGAUCCUUGGUAUGGCGUUCCAUGAUUCUCACAAAUUUGUGUUCUCGUAGGGGUUAGUAGUAACAAAAUGCAUUGUCAUGUACUUAUCUGAUUACCAUUUCGUUUUUAGUUGUCAAAAUUACAGUGUUUUUGAACUUGU